CUCCCUCGGAGCAGGUGUACUCCCAUCCAUCCUCGGCCAUCCUUGACGGUCCGGGGAGAGGCGGCGAAGCCCCGCCCUCCGACAGCCGUUGGCCUCCCGGAGGGUCCGAGGUCCGUUGGGCCUCGCGGCCACUCCCGGUGGGCAGGGCCGUGGGGCCGGACCAGCGGGAGAUUGGCAGGCGCACGGCCCAGUGAAGCCGGCCCGACCAGCCGUCGCGAACGUGGCGCCCUAAAGGCUCGGGAAGACGGGCGGCCGCCACGGGCUGGCUGAAUGGUGGCGCCGGCGCUGCUUGCUGUUUUUGCCCAUGUCGCCGCCGAGCAGCAGGAGCAGGAGAAGAAGAAGAAGAAGCGGCGGCAACAGCGGAAGCGGCAGCGGCAACAGAAGCAGCAGCAGCUCUGCGGGGGUUCUGCAGCUGCCCGCCCGCCGGCAUCACCAUGAGCAACCCAGACUUCGUCCAGGGAACUGAUCCCGCUGUGCCAACCACAUUCUUUAAUACAACUCUGCCUAUCUACGAUUAUGGAUAUGGAACUUGGAACACUGAGACAAACAGAGGUUACGAGAGCUAUGAUUAUGGAUAUGGAUAUGGUCAGGAUAACACUACCAACUAUGGGUAUGAUUCCUUCUCUGCCUAUAACUCCAGGGCUGCACUGAGUAACCGUGAUCUGUACAGAUCCGGCUAUGACUACAGUGAGAUUGAUCCCGAAAUGGAGAUGGCCUACCAAGGCCACUACGCUGCCUACCCGGAACAGGUCCGAGUUCACAGUGCCUUUAGCCAGAAGGCCCAGGGUUGGGCCAGAGACCACCACCGUGCUAAUUGGCCCGUGGACACGGGCUUUGGGCAUAUGUGGGAUCAACCCCUGGGGGCUCGGGCCCACUGUGGCCCUGCCUCCUCCCGGCUCCCGUCCCUCUUCUCCCAGAAUAUCAUUCCCGAACAUGGCCUGGUCAAGAGCAUGAGAGCCUCUUGUGGGAAGAUGCGCUUUGGCUUCAACAGUGGCCUGAAGCAGAUGCGGAGGACCUGGAAAACAUGGGGCAGCCCCGACUUCAGACCACAGAAGAAGAAGAAGAAGAAGAAGAGAAAACAGUUUAACAGCCCUGAUGAAACAGACAGCAAAGCAACCAAUGGCUCAGACAACAGUGACUCUGAUAAUGAUGAGGGCACUGAAGGGGAAGGAACUGAAACCUUGGAAGCCACAGACCUGGUUGAGAAGAGCUCUAAGGCAGAAGGAGAAGAGGAGGAGGAGGAGGGAAAAGAAGAUUGGAAAGCCGAUGCUGAGAGAGGAGUCCUGACAAUCCAGGAGGAGAUCAGCCAAAUAAAGCGUAAGCUGCAGGCUGACAAAAAGAUCCAGGAGAGGCAGAAGAAACGGCAGCGGGACCGCUUGGUGGAAAGGAUCCAGUUCGUGUGCUCCCUCUGCAAGUAUCGAACCUUCUAUGAAGACGAGAUGACUAGCCACCUGGACAGCAAGUUCCACAAAGAACAUUUCAAGUUUGUAGGCGGGAAGCUGCCCAAGCAGACCGCUGACUUCCUGAAGGAAUACGUCAACAACAAAACCAAGAAGACAGAGGAGCGUCGCAGAAGCAUUGAGGACCUCAAUGGUGUAAUCCAGCAGAUCUAUAAAGAUCAAGACCUUACCCAAGAAAUCGGCCCGGAGCAUUUUAUGAAAAAGGUGGAAGCGGCUCACUGUGCUGCCUGCGACCUCUUCAUUCCCAUGCAGCAAGGGAUCAUCCAGAAGCACAUCAAGACCACGGAGCACAACCGCAACCGCAGGCUAAUGAUGGACCAGUCAAAGAAGUCUUCACUAGUUGUAGCUCGCAGCAUCCUCAACAACAAACUCAUCGGCAUCAAGUUGGAACGGUAUCUCAAGGGUGAAAACCCCUUUGCCGACGAUCCAAAUGUGGAGAAGGGGCAACAAGAAGGUGAGAGCAGUGAGAGCCAACUUGGUGGAAACCUGGAGAAAAGAGCGGCUGCAGGGGUUGCGAAGAAUAAGAAGAAAGAGGAAACCGCCAUCAAAGGGCAGGGUAGGGAGCAGCCGGAGGAGGGAGAGGGAGGAGGAGUCAGGGAACUGACAACUGAGACCCGAGCCUCGGCUGAGGGGAGUAGUAGAGAAGAAUCUGCUUUAGACCGCCCGCCGGAGAAGGAAUCCUGCAACAAGUACGGAGGUUCCCAGGGCUAGAUGGAGAGAUGGAAUGAAGAUGAUGUGACGUUACCUGAGUGGAGCAGGAGGAAGAGAUCAUCAUGUUUUGGACUGGACAUUAAACUUUUUUUUUUAAGUGCCAUCCGACACUCCCGGGCACGUGACUUGACCUCACGCUGGUUGUGGGACAGCUUUGCUCUGCAAAUGUUUUGUGAAAUAGUGUUGGGCUUUUUGUUUGUUUGUUUGUUUCGAUGUUUUAUUUUGCACACCCAAACCUCAUCUUAUUGACUCAGUUUUGUGACACUGGGGUUCUGAGACUGCUUUUCCUCUAAAUACUGUCCUUUGGGGAAUGUGUGCACAGGCCAGAUGAGUGUGCAGUCAGUCAGUGGUGUGCAUAGGAUCUAGGGCGGAUUGGAACUUGGCCAAAACUUCGUCCCAGCAAACUCUUUAUAUAAAAUUUGAGUGGUUGGUUCCAUUUCUGAACCAGGAGUCCUCGUGCUGAAGGGAGAGAACUUUCUGGGGUCUUAUUGGACCUGUAAGAUCCCCCCCGGCAGCUUUGGAAAAUAGUAAUACUACGUUCAGGUCUCUCUUCCUUGUAGUGCAAAUGCUGAGGUCCACAUUGCAGUAUGUGUAAGUAUUUUUUUCCUGUAGGUGAAUGUUCUCAGCGAGACUGGAUAAAAGUACUACCUGGAGCGUC